AUGCCCCUCCCCCUCGGGAUCCCGCAUCAGACCAGUAGCGCUGACCGACAGACAGACACCGCCUCCAGCCCCAGCGCCCACCUCCUCCCAGGCAGGCGGCCGACAGUGGACGCGGCGGCGAGCCGCGGGCAGGACCCGGAGCCCGCUCCCGGAGGCGGGGUGGAGGGGUUCGGGGUUCGCGGCAUUGCACUGAAACUUUUCGACCAACUUCUGGGCUGUUCUCGCUCCGGAGGAGCCGUGGUCCGCGCCGGGGGAGUCGAGCUGAGCGGAGCCGGGAGAAGUGCUAGCUCCGGCCGGGAGAAGCCGCGGCCAAAGGAGGGGGAGGAGGAAGAAGAGAAGGAAGAGGAGAGGGGGCCGCGGUGGCCACUCGGCUCUCGGAAGCCGGGCUCAUGGACGGGUGAGGCGGCGGUGUGCGCAGACAGUGUUACAGCCGCGCGCGCGUCCCAGGCCCUGGCGCGGGCCUUGGCUCCAGGAGGAAAAGGAGCCCGCCAAGGCGCAGAGGAAAGCGGGCCGCCCCGCAGCCCGAGCCGGAGAGGGAGCGUGAGCAGAGCCGGCCCCGGCCGGGCCUCCGAAACCAUGAACUUUCUGCUCUCUUGGGUGCAUUGGAGCCUUGCCUUGCUGCUCUACCUCCACCAUGCCAAGUGGUCCCAGGCUGCACCGAUGGCAGAAGGAGAGCAGAAACCCCAUGAAGUGGUGAAGUUCCUGGAUGUCUACCAGCGCAGCUACUGCCGUCCAAUAGAGACCCUGGUGGACAUCUUCCAGGAGUAUCCAGAUGAGAUCGAGUUCAUUUUCAAGCCAUCCUGUGUGCCCCUGAUGCGGUGCGGGGGCUGCUGUAACGAUGAGGGCCUAGAGUGCGUGCCCACCCAGGAGUUCAACAUCACUAUGCAGAUCAUGCGGAUCAAACCUCACCAAGGCCAACACAUAGGAGAGAUGAGCUUCCUACAGCACAGCAAGUGUGAAUGCAGACCAAAGAAAGAUAAAGCAAGGCAAGAAAAAAAAUCAGUUCCAGGAAAGGGAAAGGGGCAAAAACGAAAGCGCAAGAAAUCCCGGUAUAAGCCCUGGAGCGUUCCCUGUGGGCCUUGCUCAGAGAGGAGAAAACAUUUGUUUGUACAAGAUCCGCAGACGUGUAAAUGUUCCUGCAAAAACACAGACUCGCGUUGCAAGGCGAGGCAGCUUGAGUUAAACGAACGUACUUGCAGAUGUGACAAGCCAAGGCGGUGAGCCAGGCUGGAGGAAGGAACCUGCCUCAGAGUUUCGGGAACCAGACCUCUCACCAACAAAGACUGAUACAGAAUGACUGAGACUAACCACGCCGCCACCACACCGUCGCCAUCAACAGAAGUCCUUAAUCCAGAAACCUGAAAUGAAGGAAGAGGGGACUCUGCGCAGAGCACUUUGGGUCCGGAGGGUGAGACUCCGGCAGAAGCAUUCCCGGGCGGGUGACCAAGCACGGUCCCACUUGGAAUUGGAUUUGUCAUUUUAUUUUUCUUGCUGCUAAAUCACCGAGCCCGGAAGAUUAGAGAGUUUUAUUUCUGGGAUUCCUGUAGACACACCCACCCACAUACAUACAUUUAUAUAUAUAUAUAUAUAUAUAUAUAUUAUAUAUAUAUGAAAGUAAAUAUAUAUAUUUUAUAUAUAUAAAAUAUAUAUAUUCUGUUUUUAAAUUAACUUUGCUAAUGUUAUUGGUGUCUUCACUGGAUGUAUUUGACUGCUGUGGACUUCAGUUGGGAGGAGAAUGUCCCUACCCAGAUGCCGACAGGGAAGAGGAAGGGACAAGAGACUCUGGCAUGUUUUUUUUUUUUUUUUUUUUUUUUGGGGGUCCCUCUUAGGGAAGCCAGGGUCCUCUCCUUUGCCCAGGAUCUUGCAAGGCCAGGGUGUGGGGGCAAAUUUGGCUCAUUUCUGGGGACACCGACAAACCCAGCCCUGGCCCCAAGCCUCUACCUUGAGUCAAACCAACAGAAAACCUAAAGACAGGUACAGGGACAAGGACACUGGUUCUGACCAGGAGUUUGGGGAGCCUCAGGACUGGGUGUGCUUUGUGGCUCCCCAUCAAUGCUGCAAGGGCAUUCUGUCCCCCGGGGGCACUGCCUGAAGAUGCAGGAGCCCGGGCAGUCUUCACCUACUCUCACCUGCUUCUGAGUCACCCAGGAGGCCACCAAGAGGUGUCCUCAAGCGAGAGGUGUCCUCAAGAAGAGAAGAGACAUUGGUGGAAGAAGCAGCCGGUGAUCGCUCCUCCUCCUGGGAUUCCCCUUAUCCUCUCCUCACCCCACAUUCCGGGGUGCAGCCGAGGACCUCAGGUCCUCAGACCAUUGAAACCACUAGUUCUGUCCCCAGGAGACCUGGCUGUGUGUGUGUGUGUGUGUGUGUGUGUGUGUGUGUGGUUAAUCUUUCCCCUGUCCCCUGACCUGUCACUUCCUGAGGCUAAGAGAGACCAGGCAGGAUCCACAUGCCCACCACUGAGGCAGAGAAAGAGAAAGUCUUUUAUAUACGGUACUUAUUUAAUAUCCCUUUUUAAUUAGAAAUUAAAACAGUUAAUUUAAUUAAAAGAGUAGGGUUUUUUUUCAGUAUUCUUGGAUAAUAUUUAAUUUCAACUAUUUAUGAGAUGUAUCUCUUGCUCUUUCUCUCGCUCUUUUUGUAUUGGUUUUUGUGUGUAAAAUCCAUGUUUCCAAUCUCUCUCCCUGAUCGGUGACAGUCACUAGCUUGUCCUGAACAGAUAUUUAAUUUUGCUAACACAGUCCUGCCCUCCCCUGUGCCCUAGUUCCCUACCACACAUUCCUUUGAAAUAAGGUUUCAAUAUACAUUUACAUACUAUAUAUAUAUGUGGCAACUUGUGUUUGUGUGUGUGUAUAUAUAUAUAUAUAUAUAUAUAUAUAUAUGUUUAUGUAUAUAUGUGAUUCUGAUAAAAUAGACAUUGCUAUUCUGUUUUUUAUAUGUAAAAACAAAACAAGAAAAAAUAGAGAAUUCUACAUACUAAAUCUCUCUCCUUUUUUAAUUUUAAUAUUUGUUAUCAUUUAUUUAUUGGUGCUACUGUUUAUCCGUAAUAAUUGUGGGGGAAAAAGAUAUUAACAUCACGUCUUUGUCUCUAGUGCAGUUUUUCGAGAUAUUCCGUAGUACAUAUUUAUUUUUAAACAACAACAAAGAAAUACAGAUAUAUCUUAAAAAAAAAAAAGCAUUUUGUAUUAAAGAAUUUAAUUCUGAUCUCAAA